UUGAAGGCUUUCGAAACAUCACGAGAAACAGAAAUUACAUUCCCGUUCUUCCCUAAAGACUCGCCCUAUAUGAUUCGUGAUUCGAAAAUUUUUGGACCAAGGAAUAAGUUUUGGGUCGGAUUGUUAUUGGAGAUAAAAGUACUGUUCAUCGUUAUCAGUCUAAAUCGAAGCAAAACUCGGAGCAGUAGCACUAUACAUGAAACUACUAAGACAUAG